GUCGAAUUUUGACAUUCCACACGCACACAGACUCACAAAAUGCUUUGAAUUGUUUAGCUUUGGUCGUGCAACGACAACGAUGUAUAGAAAUUUGGCGGUAAACAUUAAGAUACAUUGAUGCUUAAGUGUGAAGCAGCAUGCAGAUGUGUAUAGAACCGUCACAAGAAACAUUCGCUUACUGUUUCUGUUGUGAAUUUGUGAAUGUCAAUUUUUGCUGUGGAUUUGAGUUCGAUUGCAUUCGGAAAUUUCACCGGAAUUUCUGCGAAAUAAAAUGUGCAUUUCCAUUGGUUUGACAUAAACUAUUUCGUGAGCAAAUAUUGCAUGAGCAUUUAUUCAAACGCAGAAGAAAAAUAUCGGGUGAUUUUGUGAUUGAAACGCCCAGAGUGCCAUUCUGUCACAAGCGAAAAAAAAGUUACAUACAAAACACACAAAAAUGGAUUCAAUGACUUCAAUGAGUGGCUCAGAAAUUGCCAGGCUAGUACUUGGGUACUUACAAAGUCAGCGAACAGAUGAAAAAGCAUGGAACAAACUUGCACUGGAUUUCUGCAAAUUGAACAAGACAUAUUUGCGGGAAGAAUACAACUUGUUAAGCCGUGGCAUCAAAUUGAAAUAUGUCAGUAAACCCCGCACAUUAGUCGACAUCUUCCGGGAAUUCAUUGAAAUCGAAGAGAUUGUGAAUGGAUUCUUCGAAACUGAACUGAAACGCCAUGACGAAAUCCCCAGCGAAUUGUUAGGAGUGCAUUCGUUGAAGGACAAAGUGCAGUAUGCAUGCCGAAUGUUCAACUCAGCGGGAGACAGCAGCGAGUCAAGUCAAAGUCAUUUAACGAGAAAGCGCCCCAAUGUGUGCAUUUACCAAAGUGAAUAUGAUUCCGAUUCGAGUGCGAAUGUAUCGCCAGAUGCGACAAAUGUUGAGGAUUUGCCUGGAUACACACACCCCCCGUCGAAGCGACGCAAAAUCUUCGAUCCAAGCCUGAUCAUAUCGAAUCGAAAAGAGAAUAUUCGUCUUGAUGACAAUAAAUCGGAUUGGCCAAAGGCGACUCCACUGAAAUCGAGUGUAACCCAGGUUCCAAUGUCGAGUAAGCAUUUACAAGCGUCAGCGUCAAAAGUGGUCAUCCCAGGAAAAGAAAUAUCUGAUUCGUUUUUAGCAAAUGAGUACCAGACCAUCAUUGCACAGAGAAUCAAUAGCGUCUUCGACAAUAGCAAUGUAUCGCUUGUGGAACAGGUCAAUGAUAAAAUGGGCGGCAUUGUUAAUUCAAUUCAGCCGACCUUUGAUGAUAUCAUCAACAAUCUCGGCCUAGAUAUAUAUGAUGUGCAAUCACUGGAUUCGUCGUCAAGUAUAUCAAAACACGAAUUUGAUGUCAACGAAUCGGCAAGUGAAAGUCGACAACUCGACACCCCAGUUCCUAAUGAUGCUAAUCGAAGCGGAAGAUAUGAAUUACGGUCGCAAAAUAAACGAAUACCCGCAUUGAACGCAUCCAUCGAAACGAAACGAAAGAAAAACGGCAAGGCAGAAAUCAUUUCCGAUGAAAAAGUUAAUAUUUUGCCUGAGAUUACAGUGCAACCGGGUUCGUCACCGAUUCUGGUUGAUUCAGACUCAGAAGGAGCCGUAACAACCACAUCGCAACAACAGUCUCAAUUGCCAUUUCCUCAAGGUUGGUUCUUGUUCCAAGAUGCACAAGGUCAGUAUUAUGUAUCAGAUGUGGCGCCAACGACGACUUUGUCAUAUGACACACAACAAUCACAGCAGUCGACAGCAUCCGUCAAUAUGAUCGAUCCGUCACAGAUCAUCAACCCAUCGAAUCAACUGAAUAUGAAAAUUGUCAGUCUGGAAAAUUCCAGCAAUCCAAAUGCAUCGAAUCAAUGUGCGAUUCAAACGGACCUGAAUCAAGCUGCGAGUAGCGAUGAAGUUCGAGAUCGUAUCAUCGAGAUCAACACUGAUGAUGUGAACAAAGAAGGUACCCAACCAGUGCAAAUCACACAACAGCCCUCCGAGGAGAUGAAAGAAGUGGUGAAAAAGCAAAGCAACAUUUUUGAACAAUUGAAAGAGAAAAGUUUUUCUCAGUUCAAGCAAAUCAGCGAACAAAAAGUCGUGACACCAAAGCAACUGAUUCGACCGAAUAUUCCAGGCAGUUCAAGAAGUUUAUCGACACCACGGAACAAAAAUCCACAUGUACGAGUACUGGAUUUCAAUACACCAACUCGCUUCCGACUGUCGGAGAUUUUGGAAGGUAAAAAUGAAUCGUUUAUCAACACGUCGCGAUUCUACAGCGAAACACCGCAAAAUCGUUCGAUCACAUCGUCAAUGCCGAGCUCAGCACCACCAAAGGUGAACUCAGUCAUCCAAAGCGAAAAGAAAUCCGAUGAAAAAUUAGCAGAAUCAUCAACGGCAGAGCCAUUCGUUCCUACGAAUGAAGAUACAGUCGUUUCGGCCGAGGGCGAAACGCCAAAGUUGCGCAAAGUUAAUCGGAGAAGUGUCGUUCGAACCAUUUCAGAGCGCAAGGAAAUAAAUCCGGAAGAGAAUGAGAAGCGUUUGAAACGAGUGGCCAAAACAAAGAAGAAAAUUUGCCCCGAAGAAGGCGACAGCAACGAAAGUGACACGAACAACAAAAAAGAAGUAGCUAAAGAACCCGUUUCCAAGGAGGAUGCAUUGGCUGAAUGGCAGCGCAUUCGAUCGGCUCGAAAUAAUCCAGAGUUAUUUGAGCAAAACUUGCGCGAACAAAAUAGCAAAAGACAAGAGAUCGACAUAUCGACGGGUAAAAAGAAGCGACAACGGCGAACCAAGAAAAAACCCGUGGCCAAAGCAAAGCAAGCAGCCAAAGCGAUACUUGAUGAAUCGGCGAAAUCGGUUGACAUUUCGAUGAAUUCGUCACUCGAUCCAGACUUGUUGAAUUCGACGGAAACGAAUAUGGAAGCGCAAAUGUUGGAAGACAUGUUGAAAAGUGCCAAAAAAGUGACACCGAUGAAACAAGAAAUCAUUCCAAAAUCCACAAAGAAAAAGACACCAAUCGGAAAGUUGCAAAUCAAAUUGAUGCCUUCGCCAAAGAACAAAGCCUUAAAACGACUGAAAUCAAAGAAGAAUCUUACCUCAACACAAACUUCAGAGGAUGUGAAGAAAGAUGAACCGGUUGCUAGUUGCAGCACAACCGAAAAUCCAACUGAAACGGAGGCCGAGCCCAAGCCUGAAAAUAAAAUCCAGAAACCGACUGAGUCGGAACCCGUCAAACCAAUCGAAAAUACAACCGAUGUCGUGGAAGUGGCACAAAAUUUGAUCAGCAUGCGUGAUGUGAUUCUACAACAGGAAAGUCAACGGAAACAAGCACAACAGUCCGAAAUUCAAAGUGAUUCGGUGUCAAUGUCACAGCCAACAUUUGAAGUGGCUUUGUUCAAGACAAAUAGCGAACCAAUGCCCGUUAAAUUCGAUUCGGAUCUACUGAAAUAUGUGAGCCAAGGGAAUUUAAGUUUGUCAAAUCUACUUGAGACACCGUAUAAGGAUGGUAUGCAAAUCUUCCCAAAAACGCCAGGAAUCACCAGUUUACUGUCGACGUUGAAUACACCAAUGCUUCGGCCAGUGGAGUUUUUUAUGGGCAGUUCAGUAAUCAAAGAUUCAAAGUUCCUCACUCCAAACAUGCCAAUCACUCCCGGUUCCGGUUUCACACCCGUUUCAUUCAAGGAUAUCAUUUCGCCGAGAAGCGAUCAGGAACUCAUUUAUGGAGCAGCGAAUCGGCCAACUGACUAUUCGUCAAGCAGUUCAUACUAUAAACCUGAUGAAUCCGAUGGCAUUGACAAACAUAUCCAGGCAUCCCUUCAAACGACACGAACAAAUAGUGGUGUGUACAGUACCGAUGAAAUUGAUGAUUCCAAAGUCGAUGAUACCACUCAAAAUACGAUGAACAGUUCAUCGUCAUCAAGUUCGUCGUCUGACAGUGAUUCAGAUUCGGACAGUGAUUCAUCGUCUUCCUCUGAUUCGGAAACGUCACAAAUUUCGCUGAAAUCAAUGGAAAAAGAGCCGCAACCAGUUGAACGUGUAGAAUUGUCGCAACCAGUUGAACGUGUGGAACCAUCGCCGCCAAAAGUUGUUGAUGAAGACUCAACACAAAUACACACACAAAUAAUCAAAUCACACUUGGUCUCAAGCAGCGAAGUGAACAUUGCCCGAAAUAUCUUGUUAACAAAACCAGAAGAGCCGAUAUUGAAUGAAGAAGCCGAACGAUUGGCUUUGCUCGAAGAGAAAAAGCGUCGAAUGCAGGAGACGUUACGCGGAAUUGAAAUGAAAAAUCAUGAAAAAUUCAAACCACCAAAAAAGGUUCGUACAAUAGCCGAGGUGACACGAGAUCGAAUACAAAGUCGACUACGGAAACCUCUAGUCACUGUAUCGCCAUCGAAACGAAAAUCCACACAGCCAAAGAAAAUCGUGCCGGUUCAUUCGCGCCAGAUUUACUCGCACAGUGCGAAUGUGAUCAGUACUCCGAUGGAAAUAGGGACGGAGGUUGAGUUGAAGGUGCAAAGUGUGAAUACCGAACGGUUGAUACCCGAAGCGGCCAGCGAUAAUGCAAUCGCCGAUGCAUCUGAUGUGAGUACGACGCGAAAUCCACAAUCCAGCCCGAAAGAUGAAGAGGAAAGCGUCGAAGCCAUCAAAAGUCAUAUAAACAAAAGUCCUGAAUUGGUUGAUACUGCGGGGGCGGCACCGAUUAAGGAAGCUGGUGGCUCAAAGAAAACCUCGGCCGAAGACUUGAUCGCUACGUUAUCGGAAAAGCAAAAGAAGUUCGAUGCCAAUCGGCCGAAAAUGAAGACUGAAGUAAUUGCAGCGUUGCCAUUACCAAGAACGACUCGAUCUCGAUCGAAAAAUCUGACGUCAAUUCGGCCAGCACAAAAUAUUAUAACAGCCGCUCCACCGAGUUCGGCCAAGGGUGGCCAGAAAGCAACAGCAAACGCCAAAGAAAAGAGAAAGUCGAAAGAGAGUGUUCCAGGGCAACCGGUAAAAAAGGUUACAAAUGAAACAGCAAAGAAGGAACUAACAAAGGAAGAGGCGUCGAGUAAAAUGAAAGAAACAUUUGAAACGCCAGCCAAAGAGAAGCAAAAACGUCUAGCAUUUGAUAUAUUCGGCCAUUGCUCUGAUAUUGAAACGCCAAUCAAAUCGCCACCGAAAAUCGUAGCCAAACCGAAAGAAAAUCCCGUCGCUCGUAAGCGAAGUUCAACACCGCCCAAAGAGCCGGAACGUGAAAGCAAUAAAUUCGAGGCCGAUAGCAGCAAUGUGAAAGAUGAAGAUGAGGCAGAUGACGACGAUGACGACGAUGACGACGAUGACGACGAUGACGACGAUGAUUCAAGUGAGGAAGAAGACUUUGAAAUGUGCAUGUCGAUUGAUGAAACCGACAAGAAGAGAUUCUUUUCGAUUCGAGAGACUGCAUCGUUCAAGCCACGAGCCCCGGUACAAGGUGUCACUUUUGGAACACAGAAUAUUGUAGUCGAUUGUUUGACUAUCCAUUUGGCACCCAGCGAAGAAAUUGAAUUGUACACGCAAGACGUCGACAGUGUGGCGGAGAUGAAUAAAGAGCGUCAACAACGCCGUAGCACAAUGGAGGUCAAAGAGGGAGCAAACAAUGUGCCAACGUCAAGCUCUGAGGCCAUAUAUGGUAAACCACUUCACACAUCGACUCCAUCGCCACCAAAAACUGUUACGCCGAAAUUCAACAUCAAACACAAACCUUCUGAUACUGUGUCUCCAAAAUCAGCCAAGCGCCAGAAUAAAGAUGAUUUGUUCAAUGGUAUUCAGAUGUCAAUCGAUGAUGUGCUGUCAUCACUGCACCCCAAUAACACUUGAUUAAAGACCGAAUCUGAUAUGUUAGGAUACGAGACAAAGGAAAUUAGGGUCCAUUGAUAUAUUGAAAAUCACUUUCAAUCUAUUUUUUUUCUUCAUCUUUUUAAUCAAAAGUUAUAAUUUCUUCUUACUUUUCACGUAAUCCUAUUCCUAAGUAAUAAGCAUAACAUUCGAUGAAAUAUUUAUUAUCCAUUUAAUUAAGUCAAUUAAAUCACAGACUCUGAAUAAGUAAACGUACUCGAAUGGAGUAAAAACUGAAGUUUAUUUUAAGAAUAAAUAAAUCCAGUUGAUUGAGUUUGA